CAUACAAAAAUUCAUCGAUCAAUUAGUCGUCAAUCAGUGUACUUUUUUAAGGUUAUGUUAUCUUUUAUUCCCAUUUUCCUUCAAACAAAACUAUUAUUUAUAAUAUUUUUAGGGUAAUAUUUAAUUAAUAUAUAUAAUACACAAUUAUGAUUUCUCAUAACGCCCUUCUUAAACGUACCUGGCCUGUAAUUGUACAAUACGCGGAAGCUCACAGAAAACCCCGAUGGGUGCCCGUUGCUAAAAGUAAAAUUUAUCGUAUUCCAAAACGUCCAGAAAUUACUGAAGAAGAAAGAAUAGAGCUUUUACGAGUGAAUAAUAACUAUAAAACACAGAUGCGAGCUAUAAGGAGGUUUUAUCAUGAGGAAAUGAUUAAAGAAAAAUCAACUCGAGAGAGUUCUAGCUCGGAGAUGUCUCAAAAAUUAGAGGCUGAUGACUGGCAACGAUGUGUGGAAAUAAACGACAAAUGGAACGCUCAAGUGGCUCUGGAGCGCGAGGAAAGAAGAAAGAAGGAACUGGCUAAAAUGGAAGAGUAUGCAUUAGCUAGAAUGGAAGCCAAGGACAGAGAAUUAAAAGAGAGGAUUGAAAAAGCUUCACAAGAGAUUAGAAAACAAAAGGAAUUAAGCAAGACCUUCAUAACACCAGAGAAUCUGGAUGCAGCCAUAGACCAUGCCCUGGCUAACCCUGUUGACUACAACUUUGCUAUAGACCUGCAAGGCAACCAGUAUCUUGGAAGAGAGUCACCUGCUAUCCCACCUAAACAUAAAACAACUCCCAAAGCUGUUUGAAAUGUUCCAUAUUAAUAAAUAAAUACUAGUAGGCAUCAAACAGCUACAUCUAGUUCGAAACUAAAUAGCAUUUGUACUAUAGGUACUAGAUAACUGAUAGAAAAUACUUUUUUUGUAAAUAUGCGCAUUCAUAUUCAUAGAAAAACUCAAUAAACAGAAAUAUACAUAAGUACAAAUGUUUGUAUUAUAUGGGAAACAAUUUAUAACAAUUGGAGAAUGUUGCAGUGUAUUAAACCACUGCACCAUUUAGAUUGUCAUGAAGUUUAAUAAAAUAUUAAGAAAGUAAUUUAUAAAAAAUAUAAAAUAGUAAUUGUUAUUUGUGUAUCAUUGUACUAUGAAAAUAAUAAACAUGUCUAAACUUAA